AUGAAUUCUUUUCCAGUACAGAGAUGGGGCUAUGAUUUUCGACACCUUAUUGACCUGAUCACCCGUGACAGAAAGCACGAUCCCAAGUACUUCCAAAGUUACCGGCACAUUCGAAAAUAUGAUUCAGAACUCGCUGCAGUCAUCCGUGAGCUCCUGGAGCCGGGCACUAAGCUUGCGAGUAAUUUCCCAAGCCUUCAUCAAGUUCUCUCCCAUCGCUAUAAUGCAGCCUUGGCUGGCCGGGAAACAGAAGUAUCCCGAUGCCGGCACGUCGAGAAGGAUAGCGGCGAGAGAUACGAUAGCCACCAGUACCAGACUCGGCUUCUACAGCACCCGGAACUUUAUGUAGGCAGGGGUGAGGAGGCUAGGAAGAUAGGUCUCAGAUGGAAGUCUCUAUGCAAAAUACUGAAGAAACAACACUUCGUUAUCCGGGGCAUCCUCGGCAGUGGAAGCUACGGUAUUGUCCUCCUUGCCCAUAAAAGAGACGAUGAAGGUCGCUUGUACGCUAUUAAGAUGGAGAACCUGGUUACAAUCGCCACAACGGUGAAUUAUCACGAGAAAUACAGGGUUGUCGGCACGAUUGGACCCUCACCGGUAAUGGCCCCCUUAUUCUUACAAGAAGAUGAACACCACUACAUCCCAGUUGAGGCGUACAUUCUGCUUCUUGCCAACGAGUGUGGCCGGUUCCCGACCCUUGACUCGGUCUACUCCCACAAGUUAUACCAGGCCAUCGUGAUGUCCGCCCACCUCGAUGAGGCCGUUGCCGAAGCUUCUUAUACCUCCAAAAACCCUGAUUAUGAGGAAUUGCUCGCGCGGAAAUUCGGGGCUUGCACCGCCAGUCAACUCAUAAGAUACAAGAAAUCGUCCCUGGAGGAGCACAUGAUCUGCAAGGUUGCAUCUCAACUCCUGGAAGGCGUCGCCUACUUGCGCGACAUGCAUAUCUGCCACGACGAUCUCAAGAACGAUAAUUUCAUCAUAGAAGAAGACUUGAACACCAUCAUCAUAGACAUCGGACUCUACACAUUCGCCCUCACCGAUAAUGACUAUCUCAAGGGAGAAUUCACCUACGUACCCGCGUACGAAGGCGGCCUCACGCCGGAAUUGACCCUCGAGCUCUUUAGGGCUCGCUAUAUAGAGGAAGCUCAGAAGGAUUCGCAGUUCCAGAUUAAGCUCCCCCACGACCAGCGGAUGACCGGCCUGUGGGUGCUGGCCUCGAACAUCUACGAGCUGCUGCACGGAAUCGCACCCUGGGAGGACCCCAAGUGGGACCGGCACAUCGGCUAUGUGCAGGAUUGGCGGCAACCCGGGGUUGACCAGACAAUCUACGCCGAUCGAAAGCAAGCGCUCAACGCACGGCGAAAAAGGGUAAUCAACAAAGAAUUGCCGCUCUCGGAGAUGCUCUCGCAGGACUGCGCCGAUGCCAUGCUGAUGAUGUUCGCCAAGGACCCUGGGGACCGACCCACGCUGCCGGAGGUGGAGUCCUGUGUGUGGUUCGGGCAGUGGAAAUAC